CUUGUGUAUGUGGACGAUAACUGAUAAAUGCCUAUCCUUCGGGAGCUGGCGAGGGAGUGUUCCCUCUCUCUCUCUCUAUAUCCCUCUCCCUCAGCUACUUUAUACUUGAUUUUUUUUAUGGUAGCAUUAAUUAAUUAACACAUUAACAUGUUGGUUUUGCCACCACACAUAACGACUACUCCGUUACCCAUCCAUUCAACCCGCGUUAAAUAUUUCCCCACCCACCGCCGCCACCACCAUCACCAUGUCAUCUCUCAACCACCUUCAUCCACCGCCGCAUCUUUCUCAUCCGCCAAACCAAUAAUCAUUGACGACGGUCCCAACGAUAUUCUUUCCCUCCAAAAUCGCCGUUACGACUUCACUCCCCUCCUCAACUUCCUCUCCAACGAUUCCAACACCAACACCAACACAACUAACUCGUCCUCUCCCACUUCCCUCGACUCAACCGAGUUCCAACUCGCCGAGUCAUACCGAGCCGUACCAUCUCCACUCUGGCACGCGCUUCUCAAAUCCCUCUGUUCCUCUUCCUCAUCCAUAACCCUGGCAUACGCCGUCGUUUCAUGGCUCGAAAAACACAACCUCUGUUUCUCAUACGAGCUUCUCUACUCCAUCCUAAUCCACGCGCUUGGACGAAACGAAAAGCUUUACGAAGCUUUCUUACUAUCUCAACGACAGGUUCUCACUCCUUUAACCUAUAACGCAUUAAUCGGCGCGUGUGCUCGUAACGGUGACCUAGAAAAAGCACUUAACCUAAUGUCUAGAAUGCGCCGCGAUGGUUUUCAACCUGAUUUCGUUAAUUACAGUUCAAUUAUCAAAUCUCUAACUCGUUCCAAUAGAAUCGAUUCUCCGAUUCUUCAAAAACUUUACGCCGAAAUCGAAACUGAUAAAAUUGAAGCUGACGGUCACUUAUUGAAUGAUAUAAUUCUCGGUUUUUCGAAAGCUGGUGAUGCUACACGUGCAAUGCAUUUUCUUGCUGUUGCUCAGGGUAAAGGUUUGUGCCCUAAAACGGGAACUUUUGUUGCUGUUAUAUUGGCUUUGGGAAAUUCGGGUAGAACCGUCGAGGCAGAGGCUUUGUUUGAGGAGAUUAAGGAAAGUGGUUUAGAACCAAGAACUAGGGCUUAUAAUGCAUUGCUUAAAGGUUAUGUGAAAACUGGUUCUCUUAAAGAUGCUGAGUUUGUUGUUUCUGAAAUGGAAAAGAGUGGUGUUUUGCCUGAUGAACAUACUUAUAGUUUGUUGGUUGAUGCAUAUGCUCAUGCAGGAAGAUGGGAGAGUGCAAGGAUUGUGUUGAAAGAAAUGGAGGCUAGUAAUCUGCAGCCUAAUUCGUUUAUUUAUAGUCGAAUUUUGGCGAGUUAUAGGGAUAAAGGGGAGUGGCAGAAAUCGUUUCAGGUUUUGAAGGAGAUGAAGAGUUGUGGUGUGCAACCCGAUCGGCAUUUUUACAAUGUGAUGAUUGAUACUUUUGGGAAGUAUAAUUGUCUUGAUCAUGCUAUGGCGACGUUUGAACGAAUGUUGUCUGAGGGGAUUCGACCGGAUACAGUUACGUGGAAUACGCUGAUUGACUGUCAUUGUAAGUCCGGGCGACAUUAUAGGGCGGAGGAAUUGUUCGAGGAAAUGCAGCAGAGUGGGUAUUCACCUUGUGUUAUGACUUAUAACAUUAUGAUUAAUUCUAUGGGGACGCAAGAAAGAUGGGAUAGAGUGAGUGAUUUGUUGAGCAGAAUGCAGAGUCAAGGAUUGUUGCCUAAUGCUGUUACAUAUACAACUCUUGUUGAUAUAUAUGGAAAGUCUGGAAGGUUUAAUGAUGCUAUUGAGUGCAUUGAUGUCUUGAAAUCUUUGGGAUUCAAGCCAACUUCGACCAUGUAUAAUGCCCUAAUCAAUGCCUAUGCACAAAGGGGUCUGUCUGAUCUAGCAGUAAAUGCAUUUAGGAUGAUGGCAGCUGAGGGUCUUACACCCAGUCUCUUAGCUCUCAAUUCCUUAAUCAAUGCUUUUGGUGAAGAUAGAAGAGAUGCUGAAGCCUUUGCUGUACUGCAGUACAUGAAAGAAAAUGGCGUGGAACCUGAUGUAGUUACUUAUACAACGCUCAUGAAAUCUUUGAUCCGCGUUGACAAGUACCCCAAGGUUCCAGCAGUGUAUGAAGAAAUGGUUAUGUCCGGAUGCGCUCCAGAUAGAAAAGCUAGAGCAAUGCUGCGGUCUGCUCUUAGAUACAUGAAACAGACACUGAGAUCAUAAAUUACCAAGAACAUUAAGCCUAUACAGAGUUGAAUUUGGUAUAAAAAAAAAUCGAAUUUGCUCACCUGGUAUACGUGGUUCUGAUUAUGAAGGUCAGUGCUAACUUGCUACCUCCCUGCUUACACUUGCAUCCCAGGCUUUGACUUUUAAAAGACUUUUUUUCCUAUGCAACUGCAUCAUGGUUUGGUUUUUGUGGUAAACCCUGAAAUCUAUCUGCAGUAUAUGUAACAUUGGUCUUUUGUAUUUUUAAUUUCCAACCAUACACCCCUGGGAAAGACAUAUAUUUGUCAAUCGGUAAUAUGUAACAUUGUAAAACGAUAUUAUGAUUACAGUUGUGGAUUAAGUAUAGAUGGUGCCGCAGAUGUGGUGUGGGGGUUCGUCACCAUGGAAAUUUAUGCUCCAGCCGUUUGAGAAAUGAGGUUGCCGAGUUCAUGCAGAGAGACACUAUUGGCUUACCCUAAUGCUGAACUAUCUAUCAAUCUUGGGGAUGAAUGUAUUAUAUGUUUGUUUUGACAAUGUAUUAUAUGUUUGUUUUGACAAUGUAUUAUAUGUUUCAUGUAAAGUGGAUACCUUAAAAUACAUGUAUUUCAUGUUCAUAAUUGGGAGUUUGUGUACAUUAGAAUAAAAGAAGAGGGAGUGUCAAGCAUUUCAACUA